AUGGACGAGCCAAAAAGAAACGCCUCGGACGAGACGAGACGCGAAGAGGCCGCCGCGCUGAGUCUUCACGAGCCUCGCCUGCCUCGGCGGGCGGGCGCGGCGCGAUCGUCUCCACUCCAUCUCGCGCGCGGCGCCGGCGGUCUCGCGCGCGUUUCACCGAUGACGGCGACGAUCGACGACGCGGAGCGGCUCCUCGUGUCCGCGUCGUUCGCGGAAGCGUCCGCGGCCGCGUCCGCCGCGCGCCUCGCCGCGCGCGAUCCCGCGGACCGCGUCGCCGCGGAGUGCGUCUGGAUCCAGGCUGAGUUCAAGCUCGGGGCGCUGUCGACGCACGACGCGGACGCGGCGCGGAUGCUCGCGGGGACGACGCUCGAGCCGGGAGGGGCGACGUUCGAGCCCGCGUCGCUCGUGCUCUGGUGCAAGCUCCGGCUGCACGACGCCGACGACGCCGCGGGGGAGGAAGCGGGCGAGGCGGCGCUGUGGACGAUGUUCGAGCGCGCGAAGGAACGAUGCGCCGCGGCGCCCUCGACGUCGUCCCCCGCGGCGGCGGCGUCGACGUCCUCGCCCUCUUCCGCCCCCACGGGCGGAGGAACGCCGCGCGCGGAAGACGAAACGUCGACCGGCACGAUCGAGGACGACAUCGUCAUGGGCACCGCGGCGUGGAUGUACGCCGUGCACCUGCUGUGCGAGCGACGAAAGAGGCCGGACGCCGCGGCGAAGUGGCUGCAGUACGCGUGGGGGUUUCUCCCGCCGGACGCGCGCGAACGGCUGACGGACUCGAUCGUGUCGUACUGCCGCGCGGGGGGCGACGGCGACGGGGGGGGGAGCGGGAGUGGUGGGGGCGAGGCGGCGGCGACGACGGCGGGGAUCGAACCGGCGGCGACGGCGGGGGAGAGGAUGCCGACGCCGUCGCCGGCGCCGGGGUCGGCGCGAAGGGCGCGGUCGAAACCCGGACGCGGACGAUCGGCGGCGCACCCGCGCGGAACGCCGGGAGAGGAAGAGGGAGCGGGAGAGAUCGAGAUCGAGGCCGCCGGGGGCGUUCUCGAAGGCGACGCGAACGCAAACCGACCGGGCACGCCGCCGGCGGGCACGCCGCCGCCGCCGCCGCCGCGGAGCGACCGACCGUCGACCCUGAGCGAGCUGCUCGCCGCCGUCGCGGAGAGCGUCGACGGGUUGAGUUUUUCAAAGAUGACGGACGCGACGUCUCCGACGUUCGUCAGGGACGCCGCGGUCGGCGGCGUCGCCGCGGUGCUCGCGGGCGUCGCCGCGUACGCGGUGUUCGCGGAGGCGAGAGGGAGCUGGAGGCGGUGGCGCGCGCGCCGAGGGAGGAUGUGA